AUGGACCGAGGACAGCUUCUAUUGGCUGUUUUGCUGUCAAUCACUUUCUGCGCAUACGCUCAACAACAACAACAACAACAACAACACACAGGUACGAUUGCGUCGGCUUAGUAAGAAAAAAAAAAUCCACUGUGUUGAUUGCUCCUUUAUGUAAGUCCUUCAGCAGACGUUCUUAGGGGUUCGUCACGCGUUCCUGCCCUACUAACUGUCCCACUUAGUGGGGCAGGAACCCCUAAGAACGUCUGCGUGGGAGGCUAUCUUCUUAGGCGACUGAAGAGAUAAGUUAUCUUUCUAUCAUAUUGUGCAUUAUGCAAUUAUGUGAGAGCAUGAGAGAAUUGGCGUCUUUGAUUUCAUGUUGUUCCACUGGCAUACGAGAUUACCUAUAGAAGCCAUCGGGGAGUUUACAAAUUCAAUCGAGAAAUUGAAAUAGUACAUCUAUUUACUACUACUUUAUCUGUUACAAACUUCAGUGUUUGCCAUGGUUGUUGGAAAGAAAGAUCAAAAGUUACCAGGUAAGUACCAUUUAAAAUUUCUUGUGUCAGGAGUUCUGCUUCACAAGGAGCUGAUUCGAUUUAUAUUCUUCGUACAAGAAAUCAAAGUUAACGGCGUGAAAAUGGACUUACAUACGCCACAAGGGAAUCAAAUGAGUCAGCAAGCAACAGGGGCUCUAGUACAAGGGCCUCCGUCAGGUAAGCAGAGAGGAGAACCUUAUGAUAUAGGACGCUACUACUAAGGAACGUUAACGUUGUGGAAGGUACUGAACGCUCUUAUCUCAGGUAAAACGAAAACAGAGUUGUAUUUAAGCAAGGUUUUAUGGCCCUUUAACACAGUGCAAAAACGGUGGACGAAAGAAGCAGGAACUUGAAAUACGACAAAUUUGAAUCUUUCUCUCUCACUUCUCUGCAUUGUUCCUGCUCCGUUACCUUUGCUUCUUAAGCAUUAAGUCAGAAAGCCCGAGACCAAGCUAAUAGGUCGAAAUUUUUCAAGGAAUGUAUGGACUCAUAAACACCUUUAACACCAAGAAAUUUUGAAAUUUUGUAACGAGAAGGACUACAUAUUGCAUGGGAUUCUAAGUAUAACAUAUUUUUCAUAUGUUAAUAUGUGGAAGCAAAUUUUUAAUUGAGCAUGAUACUAACUUCUUAUGCUUAAAAACAGCAACGACCAGUCGAGUUUCGCCGGUAACGCUAGUAAAAUAAAUGAAAAACAUUGAGAUAUAAAAUUUUAAUUUAACUUGAAUUGUCCACUUACACACAUAUUAUACAGACCCUGAAACCUACAUUGUUAAACACAAAGGUGCUGAUGCAAAGGAAUCUAAACCUCCAGCAAUGGCAGGUAUGAACUUAACAAAUGUACCAUGAUAUUUAUAACCCAGAGCUUAGACCACGAGUACAUAACCUCUUAAUUUUCCUCAGUGGUGGUAUAUUUUUGGGCCGUCUAGUUACCAACACAAGAGAGGGUGCAGCACGCAGCUUGCGAGCAAGCUCUCCAUUUCCGGCCACGCUAGCUAGCGAAACGAGCUGCGCUCCUCUGACUUGCCGUCCAUGCGUGACUUCUCGCGAUAUCGCACAAAUGGGAAGCGUGUUCGAAAGUUAUCUUCCGCGAGCAGAGAGGAGAAGGACUGGAUAAGAAGAUAAAAGAAAGAGCCAUACGUUUUUGGCUUGACCUGUACUUCCUUAUUCUUAUCAUGAAGAUUUAGCAAAGAAAAUGCAAAGUCAAAUGAAAACCCGAAAGACCGAGGAAUGGAAUGAACGUUACUUCCUGUGCUCAAUUCGUCGUUCUGCCAAUGGUCACGAAGUCACUGUCGUUAUGUGUCUGCCUUGUUCUCCUUACACACCUAGCGUCGCGUAUCCUUGUGGUAGGAGAAUUCCUGCAAGGUCGCGAUAAUGCUGGUCUUCUAUCACUAGGGUGCUUUAAGCGUAGUCAACAAAGCCAUCAGAAAUAUGCAAUUCGUUUUCAUAUUUUUUAACAUUAGACAGUUCUAAGAAGCGAAGAAACCAGCCUUGGACACUUACAACCCUUGUUAUGGUUUUCUGUUUCGCUAAAUUGCAAUUGUAUUUAGUGCUGAAUCUACUUUUCUUCACUCUGCAGAAGCUAUAGUGAUGCCCUCAAAGCCCAAAACGCGUAAGUAA